UUUCAGUGUAAGCAAAUCAAAACAUAACAGUCAUAUCAUGCGACGCCACGUGGCGCGGUGAAUUCUUAAGGAUGUCUUGCGUUGAACAUGAAGUUCCUCCAGGUGGAUCUUCUGAUGUUCCCCUGGAUGGUUCCUCCAGUGGCGGAUCAAAUGAUUCUUCGCAUAGGAUGGGAGCGGCAAUAACGGAACCCAUGGCUAUUGCAUCAACCUCUGCAGGUUCUGCUUCUUUUUUAACGAUGCCGGAAAUGGGAACGCUGCCAUUAGCAUCUUCUCUUCCUAGCGCUCUUUGUGUAACAUCCAAAACGUCCGAUGUGAUUUGCAAUCCAUGGAGGAAUUUGGUCAGUCAGAACAGGAGGCGUUACAAAAAGGAUAACUUCGAUUUAGAUCUUACAUAUAUCACAGACCGGAUCAUUGCAAUGGGCUUUCCAGCUAUAGAUCAAGAAAAGAUUUACCGGAAUAGCAUGAAAGCAACAGUUGCAUUUUUGGAACGUUACCAUGCUGAUCACUACAUGGUUUUCAACUUGCGUGGGCGACAUGCAUAUGACCCGAGCUAUUUUCACAAUCGCGUGAUGACCUUUGAGAUGGAUGAUCACCAUCCACCAAGGCUGGAAUUAAUGGCACCCUUUUGUCGUGCUGUGCAUGACUACUUGGCUGCCGAUGAGCAGAAUGUUGUUGCGGUACACUGCAAAGCGGGUAAAGGACGUACGGGUGUAAUGAUUUGUGCUUAUCUCGUGUAUAUAAACUUUUAUUAUUCACCAAGGCAAAAUAUGGAUUACUACAGUAUCGUGAGGACAGUCAAUAAUAAAGGUGUAACCAUACCAUCUCAGCGACGUUACGUUUAUUAUUUUUCACAUUUAAGGAAACGCAAUCUCAAUUAUAUGCCACUUCGUUGUGAACUUAUUGGUGUAUACUUUGAGCGACCUCCCAGAUUGAACGGUAUCUUACUUGAUGGAGCAUAUCGGUUACGAGUUGCUAAUGGCGAUGUAGAUGUAUUUAUACCGGGACCCCUUCGAUUAAGUGGUCGAGAUUUUGAUGAAGAGGAAGCACUUUGGAGCCAGUAUCCCUGCUCUGUAGGGGAAGACCAAUUCAAUCCUUACGACCCACAACCUGGCAAAGAUUGCAUUUCAAGGCGAUGUUAUGGAUGGAGUGUGCCAGCGAAGAAAAGAGUAUUCAUCGAAGGCGACGUUCGGAUUGAUUUUUAUGCGAAGAAGUGGUUUAAAGGUCUGGGAUGGACUUUGAAAGAUCGAGAGAAACUAGGGCAUGUUUGGUUCAAUACAAUGUUUACUUGUCCUGGAUAUUGUGGUGGAGUGUAUGUACAUGGUGACGAGGCAUAUCCUUACCCAAAAGGUGGAACAACGAUAUUCAGUCCAUGGCCGCCUCUCGAUUCUCGAUCUUGCGAAACAACAAACGGUAUUCUUAAAAAUACUUCUCAGUAUUCUGAUGGCAGUAAUAGAAGGAGACGAAAUGAGAAGAAACCCCAUCUGAAAAACGAAAGACCAGUAUCACAUCAGUGGAAUAUUGAUUCUCCUCCAGGACUUGAAAAACAUUGCCCUCUGCGGUGUUUGCCUCUAAUAUAUCCUGAACAGCUCGGAAGGCAGCCUCCACGGAAAGAAAUCAUGGCGAUGUUACGUGAUGCACACAUAAAGCAUUUGAUCAGCGAUAAGUAUAAGAUGCAUCUUCAGUCACUUCCAUCUAGCAAUACUAUUCCCAGAAGUCCCGAAGUCAGGUUAGACUGUGGAGGGCCCAUGUGUCUGAUGCGUCGACCCUACGAGCAUGUCCUAACAUUCAGUGUUCUAGAAAUAGAUCGAGCUUUCAAGCAUGAUAAAGUAAAUAAGGGCUUAAAGAUAUAUGUAGUCGUGAGGUGUAUUGAUGUUGACAACAAGGACGAUGUCGAAUUAGCAAAGAAAUGUAUCGAAAAUAUGUACGCAGCACAAGCAAAAAUUGAUGUAGCUAGAACAGAGGAGAUGCGAAAAAAAAUGGGCAAUCCAGAUUUGAAAGCCUUUCUGACAGUACGUCAUCCCAUUCAUCAAAUUCUUACUCAGCAGAUGCUAUAUCUGACCAACCUUGGCGAUGUGACCCUCGCUUGCAGAAUACUAAUUUACGUAAAUAUUUCUUCAGACAACGAGCAGAUUCGAAAUCGGUUCAUCCUCCGGCGAAUUAUCGGUGUAAGCCCAGAACAGCUAAUUCUUCAUCAGUGAAUUUAUGGGAGACUGACCUAGCAAAUCACGGUAGUGAUGAUUGUUUGGGCGAGGAAGAAAUUACAAUGAAAAAACAGAUUGAAAAUGCAGAUACUGAGUAUGCAAAAGAUUUUAUAGCAACUCAAGAUCGAGAAUGGCUGGAAGAGUCAUCCGAGAGUGGAGACUAAGAGCAUUUUUAUUUCAUCCAUUGGAUUAAUCAUCCUGAAAAAAAAAUUGUGGAUUGCAUUCUUAAUAAGGAGAGAACGAAGGGAUGGUUCUCACACAAUCGUCAUUGUCGAAUUUAGAUUGUGGGUGUUAUUUACGCGUUGGGCAUCAUGUGAUGAUGUUCGUUUGCUUGUUGCAUGUUGAGAUUUCAUGUGUUUUAAUAGUUGUUACUAAUGAUAUAACAAUCACAAGUUCAACUUUAUGAAUUACAGAAUUGAUGUUACAACAGUUUACUUCAGCGUUCAUUAAACCAGUGUUUUUCCGGCGUUUGUAACCCAAUCUUUUUACAAAGUUGUUUCGUUGUUUUAUAUCUGGAAGGAGCUUACUAGCCAAAUCUAAUUUUUUUGUUGUUACGGAAUUCUCCAUUAUAUGAUCUUUUUUCAAAUUAGAUUUUCUCGUUGCUGUAUGUUAUAACACGCUAGUGUACUGGCAGUUUAGAUUUACUUUGUCUAGUCAUCAGCGUGAACCGAGCAGUCAAUCUCUAUGCUUUUCUAUAGCCUUCUUUAAGGACCCAUUCAGUAGAUCAGUUGUGUAUCUUUGCUUCACUGUAUUGGUAAGCCAAUAUUUCUUCGUAUUUUAGUUUUCCAAGUUUUUCUCCCAUCUUUUUCUAACACUGGAUUCCGCUGCAGUUGUGAUAUCCCCUACGCUUAGUCAUGCAUUUUGACAUCAGUCUUAUUCCCAUAGAUUUCAAGCCGAAACUCAGCUUCGGUGAUUCUUCUUUCGGUGUUGUUAGCACCGGUUUAUUAUAAUUCCGGACUGCUGCAACCGACGUUACAUUGUAAUUGUGCUUAGUCUUUGUCGUUCUUUGCUGCAACAUUUGGGAAAGAGAUCACAAAUUUUAGUUUAUCCCGAAUGUUCGUUCACUUCGGUUUGUUUACUAAUCCAGCAGGGGUUCCAUUUCCGUUGGAGACGAUAAUAUAGGAGGAAGGGGUAAUCAGAAAAGUAUCCACAAUGUUGUGAAAGCUUGAUUUUUGUUUUGACCUUCCGUUUCGCAUUUUUACACUGUAAAUAUCGUAAGC